AUGCAACGAUACGGCAAUGGUCUCGUAUAUUUAUCGCCCAGCGUGGCUGGCGGCAAUGUGAUCAACCGCAAAGCAAGAGAUAUAAAAGCCUUCGGGGGUUGGGGUGGAAUCGUUGCUUUCUUUCAUCGCUCGAAGACCUCGCACUCCGCCAGCAUGAAAGCCUCCUUCGUUACCGUUACUUGCGCUCUCCUUCUUUCCUCAGCUUCACCCGGUCUCGCUGCUACGUAUUCAUUGUCCGACAACAUCGUCGGGUCUGGAUUCUACAGCGCUUUUGACUGGCAAAAUAUCGCUGACCCGACCCAUGGACGAGUGAAUUACGUCGACCAGGGAACUUCGCAGAGCCAGAACCUGACGUAUGCUUCCUCCGAUACCUUCAUCCUUCGAACCGACUUUCGGACGGUCCUGAACCCGAAUGGACCUGGGCGCAACUCGGUACGAAUCCGAUCGAAGAAGACAUAUACGAGCCAUGUUGCUGUUUUCAAUGUCAGGCAUUUGCCUCAAGGGUGUGGGACUUGGCCAGCGAUAUGGGAGACCAAGGAAUCCAACUGGCCGAACGGGGGAGAAACGGAUAUUAUGGAAGGCGUGAACGACCAGGGCCCUAAUGCAGCGACCUUACACACCGUAGCAGGCUGUACGAUGCCGGAGCCGCGGGCGCAGUCAGGAGCAUCGACUCAGCUUGACUGCAACUGGCUGGUAAACGGCAACGCAGGCUGUGGCGUCAAAUUCCCAUCUGGAAACAGCUACGGACCACCGUUCAAUAACAACGGUGGCGGAUGGUAUGUGGUAGAGCGCACUCCUACGUAUAUCAAGGUUUGGUUCUGGGCGAGGAACGACGGGUCCGUCCCAGCCGAAGUCAGGAAUGGCCUUGCGCAGGUCAACCCAAACAACUGGGGAGUCCCCGCUGCCUAUUUCCCUGACACAUCGUGCAGAAUCCCGAACUUCUUCCAAGAGCAUAACAUUAUCAUCAACCUCACGCUUUGCGGAGAUUGGGCUGGUUCGGUGUACGGACAAUCUGGAUGUCCAUCCACUUGUGUCGACUAUGUCAAUAACAACCCAGCCGCCUUCCAAAACGCUUACUUCAACUUCGCCUCAAUUCGCGUAUACCAAUGA